AUGUUCCAGUCAUACCACUCGCCAUGGCCGCUGGGCCACACGCCACUCGAGCGCGAAAAGGUGCUGGUCGGAUACCAGUUUGAGCUGGAGCGCGAUCUGCGCGAGUUGCAGGAACGCAAUGUGUUUCCCAUCGAGCGGUAUCUCGACAUCCUCGACCAAAUGAUGCGCUUCAUCCCGCAUCUCAACGAGAUCGAACAGCCGCUCAUACUGUUCCUGAGUAUGGUACAGGAGUUUAUCGGGCGGACCAAGACGCGGAUCUCGAUGUGGGGGAUGCCACUCGCACCAAACGAGGUGCAGUGUAUCACCUACUAUGCCAACCGGUGGCUACAGAGGCGUGGUGGCUCGCUCGACAUGGGACCACCAGAGGCCAAGCUCGUGCUGUACUCGCUGCGCGAGCUCGACUCAUACAAUGAGCAAGCACUGGCGAUACGUAUGGGUGCACGUGCGUCUACCAUCUAA